CCCCCAAAAUCAAAAUCCAACAACUGCUACUGAACCUGACCCAAUGGACGUCACAACCACCUUCUAAACCACCAAACCCUCUUCAAUUCCCCCCCAUAUUCAUGUAUUCUACUCCAUCUCCCUUCACCCAUCAUCGUUUUACCUCAUUAGACCGGUUUUAGCUUACACUAUUAUGGUGGAAACCCUAACUUCUUCGCCCUCCAUCUGGCGAUUCAACCACCGCCGUUGGAUUCCAAAUCUCUCCUCUUCCUACAAGACCCUCUUCGCAUUCCUUUGGAUCGUGGUUUUCACAUCGCUAUUCAUCUGGCAACGCAACUUCGUUGAUGGGUUAUCGAUUUUCCGGCGACCUCUUCUCGUUCGUCCAUUGCCUCGCCUCCGACCCGUCGCAUUUAAUCUCACCGAUUUCGGAGCUGUUGGAGAUGGUGUCACCGUUAAUACCUUGGCUUUCGAGAAGGCUGUUUUUGCCAUCUCUAAGCUAGGGAAGAAAGGUGGUGGUCAGCUCAAUGUCCCUGCCGGAAAAUGGUUGACGGCGCCGUUUAAUUUGACAAGUUAUAUGACACUGUUUCUUGCUGAAGGUGCUGUUAUACUUGGUCUAGAUGAUGAAAAGUUUUGGCCUUUGAUGCCUCCUUUGCCUUCUUAUGGUUAUGGUAGAGAGCAUCCUGGACCCCGAUACGGGAGUUUGAUUCAUGGUGAAAACCUGAAAGAUGUCGUGAUCACAGGGAAUAAUGGUACGAUUGAUGGGCAGGGUCAAACAUGGUGGAAAAAGUAUCGUCAAAAGCUUCUUAACCAUACAAGAGGCCCGCUUGUGCAGAUCAUGUACUCAAGUGACAUUCUAAUAUCUAAUAUUACUUUACGUGAUUCACCUUUUUGGACACUCCAUCCGUAUGAUUGUAAGAAUGUAACCAUAAGAAAUAUGACAAUUUUGGCUCCCCUUUUCGAGGCUCCAAAUACAGAUGGUAUAGAUCCCGAUUCAUGCGAAGAUAUGGUGAUAGAGGACAGCUACAUAAGCGUGGGUGAUGACGCCAUUGCCAUAAAAAGUGGUUGGGAUCAAUAUGGUGUUGCGUAUGGUCGACCGUCAAAAAAUAUUCUUAUCCGAAACCUUGUAGUUCGCUCUAUGGUGAGUGCUGGAAUAUCAAUAGGCAGUGAAAUGUCCGGCGGGAUAUCUAACGUGACGGUGGAGAACGUUCUAGUGUGGAACUCAAGACGUGCUGUCCGAAUCAAGACAGCCGCAGGUCGAGGGGCGUACAUCCGAGACAUCACGUAUCGGAAUCUAACAUUUGAGAACGUGAGGGUAGGUAUCAUCAUCAAAACCGAUUACAACGAGCACCCAGAUAGCGGUUUUGACCCAAAAGCGUUCCCUGUGAUCAGAGGCAUAAGCUACAGCUCUAUCCACGGCGAAGGAGUGCGAGUGCCCGUUAGGAUCCAUGGAAGUGCAGACAUUCGGGUGAGGAACGUGACGUUCAGGGAUAUGUCGGUAGGAAUCACGUACAAGAAGAAACAUAUAUUCCAGUGUGCUUAUGUGAACGGACGGGUGAUCGGGAGCAUAUUCCCAAAACCGUGCGAGAAUCUUGAUCUUUAUGAUGAACAAGGACGGCUUGUGAAGAAGUCUGUAUCUGAAAAUGCUUCUGAUAUAGAUUAUGAUAUCUGAUCUGAAUGAUGGUUUCUUGUUGUGUUGGUCAUUCAGAAGAGUCUGAAUGGUCUUAUUUCUUUCUACUGUAGGAAUGUUGUUGAUAUAGGAGGAGGUUUGGUGGUUUAAUGUUGGUCUUAAUUUUGCAUUUGGAAUACUUGUUUAUAUUGUUGUUAUCAUGUAUAAAUGAAUGUUGUUCAAAA